AGAGGCGAGCCGGGCUCAGCCCUCCUCCUCCGGCUGCCCAGCGCCGCUGUUAUGGAAACCAGCCCGGAUUGCCCGAGCACAUAAUGGAGCAGCCAUGGCCAAGGCCGGCAGCAGCGGCGCAGCCCCCCAGGAGAGGCCGGGGGUCCCGGAGGGCCAGGACCCCUGGGAGCUGUCCCUGGAGGAGGUGCUGAAGUCCUACGAGCAGCCCAUCAAUGAGGAGCAGGCGUGGGCCGUGUGCUACCAGUGCUGCCGGGGGCUGGCGGGCACGGAGGGGCGCUGGGGGCCGGCGGGCCGGAUCCGGGACACGGCGGACAUCCUGCUGCACAAGGAUGGGACGGUGACCGCCCGGGGGGAGCAGGGCUCGGCCGAGCUUCCCCUGACCCUGUCACCCUCAACGGAAGCACAGAUGGUGCAGUCGCUGGGAUUUGCCAUUUACCGGGCGCUGGACUGGGGGCUGGACGAGAGUGAGGAGCGAGAACUGAGCCCCCAGCUGGAGAAGCUGAUCGACCUCAUGGCCAACAGCGACUCUGACGACAGUGGCUGCGGCAUGGCGGACGAGGGCUACGGGGGGCAGGAUGAAGAGGAGGAGGCUGUGGAGGGGCUCCCACGAGCCGUGCGCACCUUCGGGCAGGCCAUGAGGAUGUGCGCCGCUCGCCUGAUGGCCCCCCAGGAGGCACAGCAACAUUACCAGGCUGUGUGCAGGGCCCUCUUUGUGGAGACGGUGGAGCUGAAGGCUUUUCUCAGCAAGAUCCGGGAAGCUAAGGAGAUGCUGAGGAAGCUGAGGGAACAGGAGGAGGCGCAGGAGGAGAGGUCAUCGGAUGAGCUCGAUAACCUGCGGAACACAGACUGGGCCCGGCUGUGGGUGCAGCUGAUGCGGGAGCUACGCGACGGUGUGAAGCUGAAGAAAGUCCAGGAGAAGCAGUACAACCCCCUACCCACUGAGUACCAGCUGACGCCCUUUGAAAUGCUGAUGCAGGACAUCCGGGCACGCAACUACAAGCUUCGCAAAGUCAUGGUGGAUGGUGACAUCCCCCCCAGGGUGAAGAAAGAUGCCCAUGAAUGCAUUCUGGAUUUUAUACGGUCACGGCCGCCACUGAAACAGGCGUCCGAGAGGCGGCUGCGCCCCAUGCCCCAGAAGCAGAGAACGCUCCACGAGAAGAUUCUGGAAGAAAUCAAACAAGAGAGAAAACUUCGCCCAGUCGAGACCCGGCGCCAGGGUCAGAAAGGUUUUGGCUCCCUGCCCUGCAUCCUUAAUGCCUGCUCCAGCGACGUGAAGUCAACCUCCUGCAUCAACCUCUCUGUACCCGACUCAAGCACCCCUGCCCAGCGCCAGCGGCCAAGGGUUCUGCUCAAGGCUCCGACACUGGCCGAGAUGGAGGAGAUGAAUAUCUCCGAAGAGGAGGAGUCUCCAAGCGCUGAGAUGGGGAGGGAGCCUGGCUUAGGGCUCCCCCUGAAGCGUGAUCGUUCCUUCUCUGAACAGGACCUGGCCCAGUUCCAGAGCGAGAGGGGCACCAGCCAGUCCGAUUCAGGGUAUCUGGCACCACGGGAGUCUGAGCCAAGACCCCGCUCAGGUUCGUUCCCAGCCAGUUACCACCAGAUCCCACCUAGCGCUGGUCCACUCACGGCCGACCGCGGCUCCCUCGGGGCUGUGGAGGAGAGGUCAGAGGGCAGCUCCAGCUCCACCCCAGACAGCAGCUCCAAGCAUCUGUGGCUGGAGUUCAGCCACCCCGUGGAGAGCCUGGCACUCACUGUGGAGGAGAUGAUGGACGUGCGCAGGGUGCUGGUAAAGGCCGAGAUGGAGAAAUUCCUCCCGAGCAAGGAACUCUACAACAGCCUGAAGAAGGGGAAGAUCUGCUGCUGCUGCAGAACAAAGUUCCCUUUGUUUUCUUGGCCCCAAGCCUGUGUCUUCUGCAAGAGAUCCGUCUGCACCUCCUGCAGCCUGAAGAUUAAGAUGCCUUCGAAGAAGCUUGCUCACAUUCCCGUCUACGCCCUGGGCUUCGAGAACCUCCCCGGAUCUCUGAAUGCCAAAGCUCUGCUGCUGAGGAGGAGAGAUGCCUUCCACUCCCUGCACUGGCGGAAGGUGGAAGCGGAGUUCCCCCACAUCUACACCCACGGCUCCAUCUUGAAGGACAUCUGCUGUGACUGCACCAGCUUCGUGACCGAUGUCAUCAGCUCGAGCCGGAAGAGCAUGGACAUCCUGAACGCCACGCCGCGCAAGGGCAGGAAGACGCAAUCCCUCUACAUCCAGCCCACCCGCAUUGCCAAACCCCAGUGAAGGACUCCUCUGCCGCCCCGCCGGGCCUGGCCCUGGCAGCUUCACAGGCACCAGGAGCCAGGCUCACAAGCAACUCCGCAGUGUUAGCACCUUGGCAGAAAUUGGCUCUCCAAUGAGCACACCUCCCAGCGAGCUGGGACUCUCUGGGCAUCACCUCCCACCCCCACCGACAUCCGUGCGCAAGAACCAAACCAAGAUGGCUUCCAGAUGACCCUGCUGCCUAAAAAUUGCCAGCCAUCCUUCCCUGGCAUGCUGCAAACACCGCUGCUUGCCCCCAGCCUGACCGCUCGUGCCGCUCUUAGACCUCCAUUGCGAUGCCCUGCUAGUGGAGGUGUGCGUAUGUACAUAGAUGAUAUAUAUACAGCUCUAUAUUUAUAGACAUUAGUGACCAGCGAGAUGGCACCUCAGCCAGCGGGACUAGUGUCGGAAGCCACGUGUUGCACAGCCGGGACCCCACUAGCUCGGUGUCUCCCCAUGGGAGGGCAGAAGGACCCAAUCCCUUGCUCUGGCUGAGGAUGGGCAGGACCCAGGAUGUGACUCGGAGCCCAGCUUCUCUCAGAUCUGUCGG